AUGGAGCGGAGGUGGGUCUUCGUACUGCUCGACGUGCUGUGCGUGCUGGUCGCCGCUCUGCCCUGUGCCAUCCUGACGUUCGUCAACACUCCAUACAAGCGAGGUUUCUACUGUGGAGAUGACUCCAUCCGAUACCCCUACCGUCCAGACACCAUCACCCAUGGGCUCAUGGCCGGGGUCAUCAUCACAGCCACUGUCAUUCUUGUGUCAGCUGGGGAAGCCUACUUGGUGUACACGGACCGCCUCUACUCCCGCUCUGAUUUCAACAACUACCUGGCCGCCCUCUAUAAGGUGGUGGGGACGUUCCUGUUUGGGGCGGCAGUGAGCCAGUCCCUGACAGACCUGGCCAAGUACAUGACCGGCCGCCUGCGGCCCAACUUCCUGGCUGUGUGUGACCCUGACUGGAGCCGCGUCAACUGCUCGGCGUACGUGCAGCUGGAGGUGUGCAGGGGGAGCCCUGCUAACGUCACGGAGUCCAGGUUGUCCUUCUACUCCGGACACUCCUCCUUUGGCAUGUACUGCAUGGUAUUCUUGGCGCUCUAUGUGCAGGCCCGGCUCUGCUGGAAGUGGGCACGGCUGCUGCGGCCCACCGUUCAGUUCUUCCUGGUAGCCUUCGCCCUGUACGUGGGCUACACCCGCGUGUCUGACCACAAACACCACUGGAGUGACGUUCUCGUUGGCCUCCUGCAGGGGGCGCUGGUGGCCAGCCUCACUGUCCGGUACGUCUCUGACUUCUUCAAAGCUCGGCCCCCGCAGCACUGCCCGGAGGAAGAAGAGCUGGAACGGAAGCCCAGCCUGUCUCUGACGCUGGCCCUGGCCGAGACUGACCACAACCACUACGGGUACCCUGUGUCCUCCUCCUGA